AUGCGAACAAACACGUUCACAGUAAGUUUGUAUGUUUUCUGGAUACACGUUGAUGAAUGGUUGGUUCAGCUUAUCGAUGUAAUAUUUCAAGGAAACUCUCCAAGGGCUGGCGUAGCCUGUCAUGGUCCGAAUUCUUCUCAGAGACGUAGGGGGAGGCAAACUUACAGCAGAUACCAGACAUUAGAGCUGGAAAAGGAGUUUCAAUUCAAUAGAUAUCUAACCAGAAAACGCCGAAUAGAGAUUGCCCACUCACUCUGCCUGACUGAGAGACAGAUCAAAAUCUGGUUCCAGAACAGACGCAUGAAAUCGAAAAAAGAGAUUCAACAGAUUAGAGAACUGAACGAGAUCGGUGGCGUCAUCUGUAGCGGCACCAACCACAGCAGCAGCAGCAGCAUGCCCACUCAGCUACCGAAUAUUUUUAACGGUUCAAUGCCGAAUGUCGUCGGUAUGGACCGUAUGAAUACCAGUCUGAACUUCAAUGCCGCCUUCCAUGCGGUUAGCGGUUCCGGUUUGAGUAACUGUAACAUCGCUGGCGGUUUCGGUGCUGUUGGUAGUGGCGGGAAAACUACAAAAGGCGGGAAAUCCAAAAACGCUAAAAAUGGCAGCAACAACAACAAUAACAACAACAACAAUGACAGUAAUAAUGUUGUUGUUAAUGGUUUUGCUGGAGCUGAUGGUUGUUGUCUUAAUAUCGCUCACUCGCCACAAAAUGGCGGCAUCACUGCCGUGGGAUGUUUAUCUACAAAGAAUAAUAAUUUCAUCAACGUCACCAAAAACAAUAAUAAUAAUAAUAACAAUAAUAAUAAUAAUAAUAAUCCCAUUAAGAACUUCAAUACCAGGCACAACAUUAACAACAACAACCUCGUCAUGAACAACAACAUCAACAACAAUAACAACAAUCUCAACAUCGUCAUAAAUAACAACAUUAUCAACAACAACCUCAACAACAGCAACAAAACAGCAUACAUAUUUUUUGAGUUUUCCAGAUCCAUUUACAAUGGAAAACCUUUUGACGUUGUGUUUGUUUCCCUGUUGUCAUAG